AUGACCCUCUUCAAAAGGCCGUGCCUUUACUCGAAGGUGGACAAGGAAGACCCAGAAGAGGUACUUCACCGACGAGCCAAGUUCUUGAUUUACAAAACACUUCAAGAAGCCGACUUGGUUUCUCGUCGUGAUCCUCAUUCGUCGUUUCUACGGCUGAAGCUUUAUCUGUUGAAGGUCAAGAUCGGAAAGAGGUUGACUAACCUACGUCGGAGCGUAGUGUCCGCCGUUAGAUUAGGCGGAAUCCGAAAGCAUUCUCACAACGGCGUCAGAGCCUUGAAGAAGCUGUUCCAAGGUGGUGGUCGUGCAACAACUGGACUACCUAGGCCUAUUUUCACUCUUGAAGUUUGAUUUUAUAUUUCAUUGUUUU